AGCAUAUACACACUAUUCCAGGAAGUAUACCGGUGAAAGUAUACAUUGUAUCAAAUAUUUGGAAUUUAUUUGUUGUUUUAAUGUUUAAUUUUUUUUUAUGUGUAUAAAAUGGAGUGUAUAGUUGCAAGUGUUGAUCAUAUGCGAUUUGAUAUUGAAAUAGCAUUAGACGAACAAUAUGGAGCUCUUCCUCUACCAUUCACAGGAAUGGAUAAAUCCAUUGCAGCAGUAUGUCAGUUUUAUCCACGGGGAACUUGUAAUAAAGGUGCAUCUUGUCCCUUUAGACAUGUUCGGGGAGACAGGACAAUAGUAUGUAAACAUUGGUUGCGUGGACUUUGUAAAAAAGGAGAUCAAUGCGAAUUUUUGCAUGAAUAUGAUAUGACAAAAAUGCCGGAAUGCUAUUUCUACUCACGGUUUAAUGCAUGUCACAAUAAGGAAUGUCCGUUUUUACAUAUUGAUCCGGAAACAAAAGUUCGAGAUUGUCCAUGGUACGAUAGAGGAUUUUGUAGACAUGGGCCACUAUGUAGGCAUCGGCAUGUGAGAAGAGUUCUUUGUAUGGCUUAUUUAGCCGGUUUUUGUUCUGAUGGAGGAACUUGUAAAUUCAUGCACCCUCGCUUUGAAUUACCCGCAAUACAAGAUAUGCAGCCUAAAGAAGGCAAAAAGGUAAUGAUAACAUGCCACUUUUGCGGUGAAACUGGCCACAAGGCGAUAUAUUGCAAUAAGAUGCCACCGGAUAUGCGCGAGUCCCAAGUGAGGCAAGACAUGGAUGGUGGGCUUUAUCCUCAGCACCAUGGACCUAUGCAUGGUAACAUGCCACCAUCCAGGGGUCCGCAAAAGCCCCUCGAGGAAGUCACUUGUUACAAAUGCGGUACCAAAGGACAUUACGCGAACAAAUGUCCAAAGGGUCACCUAGCUUUUCUGAGUCACGCUGGAACUGCAAACUCUGGAAAUAAUGCUGGAUCAGGAGAAAGGAGAUAGAAUUGUAAAUAGCUGUAUGAAAUUGUAAUUUAAGCAUUAAUUUAUAAAUGUUGUCAUACAAUAACCCCAAAAUUAAUUUUACAAUUAUAUCAAGGUUUUACUAGGUUUUACUAGAAAAAUGAUAAUUUAUAAAAUAAACAUCAAAUUUACUUUUUCUCAUAGUUUUUCCUCUAUUAAUUUUAAUACAAGUUUCUAUAUUAUAAAAAUCACUUUGAGAGGCAGGAAACUUAUUAUUAGUUUUACUUGUUCUCCUGUAAUUAGUUUUUUAUAUGUAUAAUUUGAAUUAAGAAUAUGUUUACCAUUUAAGUAGAAAUGUAUAGAUUUAAAAUAUUAAAUAGGUUUAAAUUUUAAUUUUUUCCAAAAUUCAUGUUAUUAAAAGAAAAAUUUAUUUACUUUCAAAAGGGUUUAUCAGUUUAUCGUCGUUAAAACAUUUUGGUUUUUUUAUUUUUCAAAAUAUCUUAUUUCUUAAGAAAAGUGAAAAGAAUAUUAGAUUAGGCAAAAUUUGGAUGUUUUUAUAAGGUGAAGUCCAUGUUAACUCUUUAAAGCUGUUUCAGUGACUUAAUGGGAUUAGGUUAAAAUGCUCUGUAUACACUCCUUAGGUGAUGAAAAAACCUACCACCAAAUAUUUUUUAAUAAUAAAAAAUUUCAAAGAUUUUGACUGAA